AUGACCACCGAUCCAAACAUCACCACCGACCCUACCUUCGCCACUACCCGCAAUGCCAACACAACAACAGACCCAAGCAAGACCGAUACCUCCACGACCGCGACGUACACCUCUUCCGACCCCUCGACCGCGCCGCACGCCCCUUCCACACAUAAGAUACUAGGCGACAUCAAGGGUGCGGUGCACGGCGUCACGGGAUCCAUCCAAGCGGCCACGGGGACCAUGUUCGGACAGGAGAAGCUGGCGGAGAAGGGAUUCGACAAGAUGACUGACGAGGACGUGCGCUUGGCGGCCAAGACUGGGAAGCCACCCGUGGGGACCGAGCAGAGGAGCUCUGUCGUCGAGUCCACCGACACCUCUGGUAGCGCAGCCGAGCAUGGGCGCGGUCUGCGUCAUGAGCGAACUUGA